UAUACCAUUUUUCCAUACUGUACCUCAAUGGCAGCUGUUUGCAAUGGAAAAUUAGAGGAUUCCUUCAUGGUUCCAGAGAUAAAGUUCACCAAGCUAUUCAUCAAUGGAGAUUUUGUUGAUUCUGUCUCAGGGGAGACAUACGAGACAAUUGAUCCAAGAUCUGGGGAACCAACAGCAAGAAUUGCUGAAGGUGACAAGGAAGAUGUUGAUUUAGCUGUAAAGGCUGCACGAGAGGCUUUCGACAAUGGCCCUUGGCCUCGUUUCCCUGGCGCCGGGAGAAGAAGAUUAAUGAUGAGGUUCGCGGACUUAAUUGAUGAAAAUGUAGAAGAAAUAGCAGCCCUGGAAGCACUUGAUGCUGGCAAGCUGUUCCAUUGGCUCAAAGCCGUCGACAUUCCAGUUGUAGCCGAGACUCUGCGAUACUAUGCAGGAGCAGCUGAUAAAAUCCACGGAGAAACUUUGAAGAUGACAAGGGAACUUCAAGGUUACACGUUGCGCGAGCCAAUUGGAGUCGUUGGAAUCAUCAUUCCCUGGAACUAUCCCAGCAAUCUUCUAUUUCUUAAAGUUGGACCUGCAUUAGCUGCAGGCUGCACAGUUGUCAUAAAGCCAGCUGAACAGACUCCUCUUACAGCUCUUUACUUUGCCCAUUUAGCAAAGAAAGCUGGCAUUCCAGAUGGCGUUUUUAAUGUUGUACCCGGAUAUGGGCAUACCGCUGGCGCUGCCAUUUCAUCUCACAUGGAAAUUGAUAAGGUUACUUUUACCGGGUCCACAGAAGUUGGACGUUUAGUAAUGGAAGCUGCAGCUAGAAGUAACUUGAAACCAGUCUCACUGGAACUUGGAGGCAAGAACCCUUUCAUUGUCUUUGAUGAUGCAGAUGUUGGUACUGCAGCUAAUCUUGUACUUCAGGGCAGUCUAUUUAACAAGGGCGAAGUCUGUGUAGCAAGUUCUCGUAUUUUUGUCCAAGAAGGGAUUUAUGAAGAAUUUUCCAACCAGUUAGUGGAGAAGGCAAAAACGUGGAUUGUUGGUGAUCCAUUUGAUCCUCGCUCAAAUCAGGGGCCCCAAGUAGACAAGAAACAGUACGACAAAAUACUAUCAUACAUUGAAAUUGGCAAGGCAGAAGGCGCCACAUUGUUAACAGGUGGCAAACCAUGCGGCGACAGGGGAUAUUACAUUGAGCCAACUGUCUUCUCAAAUGUCGAGGACGAUAUGCGAAUAGCAAAGGAGGAAAUCUUCGGACCGGUCAUUUCGCUCAUGAAAUUCAAGACUGUUGAGGAGGCGAUUAGGAGGGCCAAUGCCACAGAGUAUGGACUGGCGGCAGGCAUUUUGACGAAUGACUUGAACAUAGCCAACACGGUGUCUAGAUCAAUCCGGGCAGGUGUCAUUUGGAUAAAUUGUUACCGGGCCUUUGACAUUGACUGCCCAUAUGGUGGGUACAAAAUGAGUGGGUUUGGCAGAGAUUUUGGAAUGCAAGCCCUGGAUCAGUAUCUUCAAGUGAAGUCUGUUGUAACUCCUCUCUAUAGUUCACCUUGGCUUUGAGUCGUCUAGGAGUCGAGUCUUAAGA